CUGCACAAACAAUUCAUGGAGUUGAAGGAGGCUAAAGGGGAGGAGUACGCAAGAAACCACCCACCGAAGAAUGUCGAUCCUACCAAGUGGAUAGAUCUUAUUGAUAAAAAGUGGAACACUAAAGAAUUUCUGGAACAAUCGAAGGCCAACAUCGCGAACAGAGAAAGGAUGUAUACAAAACAUAGGUGUGGUUCUAGGUCAAUCCCUGUUAGAGUAGAAAAACUGGCACGAGAAAAGAAGAUGCUACCUGAUCUAGCAGAGUUGUACAAGGAAACUCACUAUAAUGAGAAAACACAUGAGUGGAUCUCAUCUCAAGCUUAGUGUAAUUAUGAAAAUAUGAUACAGACACAGGCUGAUCACCUCUUACAGUCGGGAACAACCCCUUUGACUGCAGAAGAGCUAUCAAUCAAAGUCCUAAAGCCAAGGUCUGGCUAUGUGAAGGGACUUGGCAUGAGACCUUCAUCCUCUAUUAAGAGAGCCACUACCAUAUAUACUGAAACAAAUGAUUACGUGAAGCGCCUUGAGAUGCAAAUAGAGACACAAAAGGAACAAAUACAAAUGCAGAACAAUAAAAUAGAAGAUCUUGAAGAGGGUAAGAAGAAGCAAGGGAAGAUAAUGGCUGAUGUUGUCAACUUUUUGAGGACCAAAGGAUUCACCGGACACUUUGGAAGUGGAGGGAACUCAUCCACAAGUGGACAUACUUCUUGGUAAAGUAUAUUAACUUUAAUAUAACAAAUUUUAUAAAAGAAUACAUGUUUGAAGAAUUAGGAAGUAAUGGAAACAUGCAUAUGACAUCCAAUUUGUACAG